AUGGCAGAUUCAAUUGCUCCCGGUAACCUCACACCGGAAUUGCUCAAGAUUUUGACGGAGUCGUCCGUAGACCGCGGUCUCACACCACUCACGAGUGUAGGUAUUCGAACUCCGCGUCCAGGAGAGGUACUUCAUCCGCUCAAAGGCUACAAAUUGCGAAGCGACAAGAAGCCUCGUAUGGAUUUGAGCGAAUACGAGCAGAAGUUUACUAUAAAAUUGAGAAAUCUCUUCAAGGAAGUGAUUAAUGGCAGCGCGAAUAAGCAGGGCAAAAAUUACACUGAGUCCAAAGUCGAGGAGCUCAUUAUCGAGUAUUUUCCCGAGUAUUUAAAAAUUGCUCACAUAUACCCAAAAGAUGAAAGUGAAGAAGAGCUCUAUUUGGAGAGAGCAAAAUCGUUCAUCGAAAGUAGAAUUCGCGUCUUUGGAGACGAUUUGACAUUUACCCACGAGUUUCGCAAAAUCGUCAAGCCCAAGGAAUAA